AUGUCCACUGUUGCUUCAGAGUAUAGCGCAGAGAAAAACUCUGUUCCGAUUGAACACAGAUUUAAUCCCUACUCCGAUAACGGAGGCACUGUCUUGGGAAUAGCUGGAGAGGAUUUUGCCGUCCUAGCAGGCGACACAAGACUUGUCUCUGGCUACUCCAUUGACUCCCGUUACGAACCAAAGAUCUUCGAUGUCGGUGACGAAAUUGUCAUGACAGCUAAUGGAUUUGCUGCAGAUGGUGCUGCGUUGAUUGACAGAUUCAAAACCCAGUAUAAAUGGUACAAGUUCGACAACAACAAUAAGAAGUUGACAAUCAAGUCGGCCGCAAGAUUUAUCCAACAUUUGUUAUAUGGAAAGAGAUUCUUUCCUUAUUACGUUAGUACGCUAAUUGCAGGUUUAGACGAGGAAGGUAAAGGCGCCGUGUACUCUUAUGAUCCCGUUGGCUCUUACGAGAGAGAACAGUGCAGAGCAGGUGGAGCAGCAGCCUCAUUAAUUAUGCCGUUCCUUGAUAAUCAAGUCAACUUUAAAAAUCAGUUCGUUCCAGGUAGUGAUGGGAAGGAGAAGAAGCCAUUGCGGUAUUUGAGCUUGGAUGAGGUAUUGAAGUUGGUGAAAGACGCAUUUACCUCUGCUACAGAAAGACAUAUUUACGUUGGUGACGGCUUGGAAAUCUUUAUUGUGACGAAGGAUGGCGUGAGAAAGGAAUAUUUCCCAUUGAAGAGGGACUAG